CAAAAAAAUCGGCUGGUCGGUCGCCGUUGCCAAGAUGGCGCCGCCGGUGACGACAGGUGUCGAUGAGCUCGUGCAGCAUGUUUCCUUACACUGUCGCAGGCCAUUUUUAUUGGACGGUUGUGUUAGUCCCUUCGUUGCCCUCUACACGCUGUGGCUGUACCUUUGGACGUGUGUGUACGGUGUGUCUGACUAUUACGAGCCGGGGCUCAUAGCGCUCGCGUGCCUCGGCGUCGUCCACAUACUGACGUGCUUAUUUUGCCACUGGUCGGUGCACGUACGAUGUUUUCUCUCCUGCACCAAGGAGCCGAAUCCUAGGAAGGCGACCCUCGCGAAGGUGGUUCCUAUGCCCAACAAUGGAUCGUCAGAACUUGUGCGACUUCGCAUGGAAAAUGUACCGGGUGAGGACGAGCCCAUUGUCUGGUUCGUGUUCCAGAAGACCAAGUACUUGUAUAACUUUGACCGCAAGUGCUUCUACGGCAUCCAGUUUCCCGUGGGGAUGCCCUUCAGGUCCUACCACGAGUGCAAGGGCUAUGGGGACGACGCAGAGGUGUCCAACGCGGAGCGCCGCUUCGGCAAGAACGACCUGGAGAUGGUGGUGCCCGAGUUUGGGGAGCUGUUCAAGGAGCGUGCCACGGCGCCCUUCUUCGUGUUCCAAGUGUUCUGCGUGGCCCUGUGGUGCCUGGACGAGUUCUGGUACUACAGCGUGUUCACCCUGCUCAUGCUCGUCGCCUUCGAGUGCACCCUGGUGCAGCAACAGCUCAGGAACCUCUCCGAGAUACGCAAGAUGGGCAACAAGCCCUACAUGAUUCAGGUGUAUAGGAACCGGAAAUGGAGGCCGAUACUCAGCUGCGACCUGAUCCCCGGAGACAUAGUUUCUAUAGGGAGGUCCCAGAACGACAACCUGGUACCCUGCGACCUGCUCCUGCUGCGGGGCCCCUGCAUCGUAGACGAGUCCAUGCUCACCGGGGAGUCCGUGCCGCAGAUGAAGGAACCCAUAGAGUCUGCAGACUUGGACCACCAGCUGGACAUAGAGACGGACGGACGGCUGCACGUCCUGUUCGGGGGCACCAAGGUGCUGCAGCACACGCCCCUCGCCAAGACCAGCCCCGGCCUGAGGCCGACGGACAACGGGUGCGUGGCAUAUGUGCUCCGCACAAGCUUUGGCACGUCUCAGGGCAAGCUGCUGCGCACGAUCCUGUUCGGGGUGAAGCGGGUGACUGCCAACAACCUGGAGACCUUCGCCUUCAUCCUCUUCCUGCUCGUGUUCGCCGUGGCCGCCGCCUCCUACGUCUGGAUCAAAGGUACUGAGGACCCGAACAGGAACCGUUACAAGCUGUUCCUGGAGUGUGCGCUGAUCCUGACGUCUGUCGUCCCGCCGGAGCUUCCGAUAGAGCUGUCUCUGGCCGUAAACACGUCGCUGCUGGCACUGACGCGGCUGGACGUGUUCUGCACGGAGCCGUUCCGGAUCCCGUUUGCGGGCAAGGUGGAGAUCUGCUGCUUCGACAAGACGGGCACCCUGACCAGCGACAGUCUGGUCGUCGAGGGCAUUGCCGGGCUCAAAGGCCGGCCCGAGAUCUGCCCCGUCUCGGACGCCCCCCCGGAGAGCGUCCAGGUGCUGGCGUCGUGCCACUCUCUGGCGCAGCUGGACGACGGCAUUGUGGGCGACCCCCUCGAGAAGGCCACACUCACCUCCAUCGACUGGAACCUCACCAAAGGUGACGCGGUGGUUCCAAAGAAGGGCAAGGUGCCGGGCAUCAAGAUCUUCAGCCGCUUCCACUUCAGCAGCGCCCUCAAGCGCAUGUCGGUGGUGGCGGGCUUUGCGCCCCAGGGGGCCAUGGAGACCACCUACUUUGCCGCCGUCAAGGGCGCCCCGGAGACACUCAAGCACAUGUUCUCUCACAUUCCGGAAGACUAUGAUGACGUCUACCUGCGCAUGUCACGGAGAGGAGCCCGGGUGCUUGCCAUGGGACGCAGUGUGCUGGGACAGCUGAGUCACCAACAGGUGAGGGACCUGACGCGGGAGAGCGUGGAGCAGAACCUGGACUUCAUGGGGUUCCUGGUGAUCUCUUGCCCACUCAAGAGCGACUCCCUCUCUGUCAUCCAGGAGAUACAGUCGUCCAGCCAUCACGUUUGCAUGAUCACCGGAGACGCGCCUCUAACAGCUUGCCACGUGGCGCGGGAACUGGACUUUGCUUCCAAGCCAGAGACCCUCAUCCUCACCGAGGCGGCUGAGGAGGUGUGGGAGUGGGUGAGCAUCGACGAGUCGGUGAGGAUUCCCCUGGACGAAUCACUGAGCGACCCCGACCUCUAUGUCAAGUACGACCUCUGCAUCACGGGAGAGGGCAUGAGCUACCUCACGUACAGUGCGUCCCACUUCCUCAAGAGGAUUCUUCCCCACGUCCGUGUCUUUGCACGUGUGGCACCCAAACAGAAGGAGCAAGUCAUCACUGCACUGAACAGCCUCGGCUUCACGACCCUCAUGUGCGGAGACGGCACAAACGACGUCGGCGCCUUGAAGCACGCUCACGUCGGCGUGGCCCUGCUGGCCAACGCUCCGCACUCCGCGGGAGAGCGCAAACGUCGCAAGGAGAAGGCCGAGGAGCACGCCGCGACCAACGCGGAAGCAGACGGCACCGAGAACUCCACGGUGAGCAGGCUGGAAGCGAUGGCCGCCAAGGGGCGCCUGGGGCGCAGGUCUGACGCCAAGCGGCCGGCCUCCAGGGCGGAAAAGGUGGCUGACGCUCAGAAACAGUUGCAGAAGCUUCUGAAGGAGCUUGAGGAGCAAGACCAGGCCCAGGUUGUGAAGCUUGGAGACGCCAGCAUUGCAGCUCCCUUCACGUCCAAGCUCUCGUCCAUACAGUGCAUCUGCCACGUGAUCAAGCAGGGCCGCUGCACCUUGGUGACGACCCUGCAGAUGUUCAAGAUUCUGGCCCUGAACGCCCUGGUGCUGGCGUACAGCCAGAGCGUGCUCUACCUGGACGGCAUCAAGUUCAGCGACACCCAGGCCACCCUGCAGGGGCUGCUGCUGGCUGGCUGCUUCCUCUUCAUCUCCAGGUCCAAGCCGCUGAAGACCCUGUCCAAGGACCGGCCCCUGCCCAACAUCUUCAACUUCUACACCCUCCUGACGGUGCUGCUACAGUUUGCGGUGCACUUCGUCAGCUUGAUCUACCUGGUCCAGGAAGCCACCUCAAGGUCUCCUCCCAAGGAUGACAAGUUUUCAGACCUGGAGGCUGACUUCAAGCCCUCCCUGCUGAACAGCACGGUCUACAUUAUCUCCAUGGCACUCCAGGUGUCCACGUUUGCAAUCAACUAUAGGGGCUACCCGUUCAUGGAGAGCCUGACGGAGAACCGUCCCCUGCUGUACAGCCUGCUCAUCUCGGGGCUCUCCGUGGUCAGCCUGGUGGCCGGCAUCAUGCCGGACGUGGCCAGGCAGUUCGAGAUUGUCCACUUCCCCAGAGACAUGCAGACAAUCAUCCUGCAGGUGCUGGCUUUCGACUUGUUGUGCGCAUUUGCGGUCGACAGAAUCUGCCUGUUCCUCUUUGGGAGGGGCAAACUACGGGGCUCGUAGGAGACACGUUCGCCGAUGCGACGCAACUGCCUCCUCGGCGCCUCACGAAGAAAGUUUAUUUAAAGCACAGACACUGGCAUAAAAGAUGACGAGUUUGUUGUACUUCUAAAGAAACACAUUUCUUUAAAAAAAAUAAUAAAUGGCAAUGUUUUGAGUUUUGA